CGCUCAAACACAUGUUACAAAAGACAUUAUACGUAAACUGCUAGAGACACCUACACUAACCUUCAUCAACCUUAUUCAAAGAAAAAUGCUAAAGGCGGUUGGACAAGUUCUUUUCUCUUCUGGUCUACAAACCCCAAAGUUUACUGCGGAGGAGAGUAAGGGACAGGACUAUGAAGUCCGUACCUAUCAUGCCACCAACUGGGUCAGCACCACUGUCGAGGGCAUGCAGCAAGGUGCAGCAAUGAGCACUGGCUUUAAACGUCUCUUUCGCUUCAUCCAAGGCAGCAACGAAAAGAACGUGAAGGUGGAAAUGACGGCCCCCGUGUCGUGUUUGGUGAACCCCGGGGCCGGCCCGGCGUGUGAGACCUCCUUUACCGUGUCUUUCUUCAUCCCGGAGGAGCAUCAGGCUGACCCGCCCCGGCCCACCGACCUGGAGAACAUCUUCGUGGAGAGCAGGAAGCCGUUCACUGCCUACGUCAGGACCUACGGAGGUUUCUCUAAUGAACAGAAGAGCCGUGAGGAGCUUCUGAGACUUGUGGAGAGCCUUCAGAGGGACGGCGUGCCCUACAAAGAAACGCCAUACUACGUCGCUGGCUACGACAGCCCCUUCAAACUGACCAAUCGCACGAACGAGGUCUGGAUCCUGAAGAAAGAAGAUGGGGAGUAGGGGGGGGUGACGGGUUGUGGUCCUACAUUCCACUGGUGUGGGAUUGAGUUUACAGCUUAAUAGGAUGGACCGUAGGUGCCUUUCCAAUGUAAGUUAGGUGACUUCUGAAAAUAGAGAAAAAAGUGACAUGUUUUAUUUUAUUUUUUUAUGCUUUGAAUGUGAAGAUUAUUAAAGGGACGGCUUGUUUUUAGAUCGUGUGUAAGCCUUAACUAACUAAAUGGUCAGUUAAACAAUUACGCAAAUCUUUAUGUCAAAUUUACAUAAUGCACUUUGACUAUGGACACCGCUACUACUUUAUUAGUGACCAGUCAUACACAUCAAAAUGCACUGUUAAUGUGUGCCUAUGUCAUAAUGAAUGUUUAUCUAUUUUCUUAUUGAUAGAUAUGCCAACAAUUUAAUUGGUACCUUUUAUAUUCCUUUAUCAUAAUUAUAUGUAAACAUAAAACAGAUUGUCUAUUGUAAGCAAUGUAUUGUGGGUGUAUCCACACUGAAAUAUUUAAAGGAUAUGUCUAAAUCAUGUUGUGAAUGAAGAAUAACAAGAUGAAUAUAUUUACUCAACUAUU